UGUGGAUUGGAUUGUUGACUUGAGACGGAUCAACGGCCCAAAUCGAAUCGAAUCCAAUCCAAUCCAAUCCAAUCAAAUCAAAUCAAAUCAAGAUGGCCCGCUCAGAUUGGCGCUGGUUUUGGGUCCUAUUCCUUCUGCUGAUGUUCUGGUGUUCUCGACAUCCUCCUGUUAGUGGAAAAGGGGUGACGCCAGAGCGGGAUCGAGGUGGGGAUGAUGAGGACAAAAAACUUCAUCAUGCCACAGGAGAAAGAACACACCUGAAGGGUGAUGAUAAGGAUAUACACCAUGCCAAAGGAACAAGAGCCCGCACCAGCAGCAAGAAGAUUGAGGCGGACGACAAGUUGCAGGCCAACAGGAAGACUGAGGCGGAGGGCAAGUUCCGGCCCAUCAGCAAGAAGAUUGAGUCAGACGACAAGCCGGAGGGUUUGUUGAAGAGGAGUGAGGAAUUGAAGGAUCCGGAGAGGGGCGAGCAAUUGAAGGGUCUUCUGAAGAGGGGCGAGGCAUUGAAGGGUCCUCCGAAGAGGGGCGAGGAAUUGAAGGGUUCUUCGAAUAGGGGCGAGGAGUUGAAGGGUCCUCCGCGGAGGGGCGAGGAUGUGAAGGGUCGUCCGAAGAUGGGCGAGGAAUUGAAGGGUUCCAAAAGGGGUCACGAAUUGAAUGGUUCACAGAAGGGUGACGAACUGAAGGGUCCACAUAUAGAUGACAAGUUGAAGGGUUCGAAGGUUGCACAACUAAAAGCAGGACAUGGAAAGGGAGUCGGGAAACAAAGAGCCUCAGUUGCAGAUAUAGAUGAGCCUGCGGGAUCUGCGAGUAAGUUGUCUGAGAAGAGGUGAAAUUUGAAGAACAAGAGGGAAGGGGAGGGGGGCAGGGGGGGACUCAAAAAGCCUGUGUAACCAUUUGAAUGCAUGAACCCUUUGAACAAAGCAACUCUAGAGAA